UUUUAAUUCCACACUCGACCGUUAAAUUGAAGGUAGGUUGUACCUGUCUACAUUUUAGGUUUUAUUAAUUUUAUUCAAUUGCAACACAAACCUUGACUGCAAUCUCACCUGGUGCUUCCAAAAAUGUCCUACUACAACAAAUACAUACCGAUUUCCGAAGAGCGCUACAACGCUCUGAACGCCCGGUAUGCGGAAUUCCUGAAGGUGGUGGACUCCAAGACCCUGGACCCGAUCAAAGUGUUCGAACCCCUGUCUCCUAAACAGAUUGAAGAGAUUAUGCUGAUAAGGGAAGUUAGCAUGGAACUGCAGAGGAAGAAAGAGGAAGACAUGAAGAAAAUGCAAGCAGCCGAGACUGCAGAGGUUGAAAUCAAGGAGAAUAAUAUGAAUGGGACUGCAGACAAUUUAGCUGUAAAAGUUUAAUAUAAAUUAACUUUAUUUAAUUAAUAAAGAAUAUUUAUUAUUUUUUA